UCUUCCCCAUGGCCAAUCCCAACCCUCGUCCUCUGUACCGAAAAUUUGCAGUUAGCAGAAUUUUGCAGAGAGCGUUGGAUGUUACCAUUUUGUUCCUCCUGAUUUCGUUGCUCGCUUAUCGCCUCCUCUUCCUCCGCAGCCAUGGCUUCUCUUGGCUCUAUGCGAUUGCCUUCCUCUGCGAGUGCUACUUCACCUUCGCCACCUCCCUCGCCGUCAAUCUCACUUGGUCCCCUGUCGAUUACAAAACCUAUCCGGAUCGGCUCCUCAAACGAAUCGAGGAGCUUCCGCCGGUGGAUUUAUUCGUCACGACGGCGGAUCCAGUGCUGGAGCCGCCGAUAAUCACCGUCAACACGGUGCUCUCUUUGUUAGCAGUCGAUUAUCCGGCGGAUAAACUGGCUUGUUACGUCUCCGACGACGGAUGUUCUCCCCUCACGUUUUAUUCCCUCUCCGAAGCUCUGAAGUUCGCUAAAAUUUGGGUGCCGUUCUGCAAGAAAUAUAAGGUCGGAGUUAGGGCUCCGUUUAGAUACUUCUCCGGUGAUUUAGCCUCUGAUGGAUCAUCGACGGAGUUCCAGUGCGAGUGGAGGAGAAUGAAGGAUGAGUACGAGCAGCUACGGCAGAGGAUUGAUGAAGCGGCAAAAAAUUUUGCAUUUCGCGACAUUGCGGCCGAAUUGGCAGAUAUCGAUAACACAAAACCAAAUAAUCAUGCACCUAUAAUCAAGGUAAUAUGGGAGAACAAGGAAGGCCUUUGGGAUGGAUUGCCUCAUUUAAUUUAUGUCUCGAGAGAGAAGAAGCCCCAACUUCCACACCAUUACAAAGCUGGCGCCAUGAAUGUUUUAACUAGAGUCUCUGGAUUAAUGACCAAUGCCCCUUAUAUGUUGAACGUGGAUUGUGACAUGUUUGUCAAUAACCCCUCCGUUCUUUUACACGGAAUGUGUCUCUUUCUAGACCCAAUGAUGGAUAAAGAGUGUGCAUUUGUUCAAUUUCCUCAAUGCUUUUACAAUGGACCUAAAGAUGAUCCCUUUGGGAACCAAUGGAUUGUGAUCAUGGAGCUCAUUUUUCGUGGAAUGGCAGGAGUUCAAGGGCCUGGCUAUAUGGGAACGGGAUGUAUUCAUCGGCGAAAAGUCUUAUAUGGUCAAUCACAAAAUGAAGCUAACGUUAUUGAGAAACGUUAUGACGAUGAGUUGUAUAAAACAUUUGGAAAUUCAAAAGAUUUCGUAACCUCAGCCACUCGAACUUUGAGAAGCGUCACAGAUAAUUCGAAUUGCCUAUCCAACUCUAUCAAAUCAUCAAGUGAAGUUGCUACUGCUGAUUAUGAACACAAUUCCUGUUGGGGUUCCAAGGUGGGUUGGCAAUAUGGAUCCGUAGUAGAGGAUGUGUUGACUGGAAUGGAGAUCCAUAAAAGAGGAUGGAAAUCUGCAUACAUUACACCAACUCCACCAGCCUUCCUAGGAUGUGCGCCCUCAGGCGGCCCAGUUCCAUUAACCCAUCAAAAGAGAGCGAUGACAGGACUUCUUGAAAUUUUCCUCAGCAGAAGAUGCCCCAUUUUCACUGCUCUCUCUGAUAAGCUCCAAUUUAGACAACGUUUGUUCUAUCUGUGGAUGUUUCUGAUGGGCCUUCGUUCUAUUCCAGAGAUAUGUUACGCUACCCUGCCUGCAUUUUGUCUAAUUGCCAACACUCAUUUUUUGCCCAAGGUACAAGAACCAGUAAUAUGGAUACCUCUUCUGCUUUUCGUCCUUGUCAACUUACAACAACUGUUGGAGUACUUGGAAACGGGCCAAUCCAUAAGAGCCUGGUGGAAUAACCAGCGAAUGGAGAGGAUUAAGACAAUGUGUUCUUCAUUGCUUGGAAUGGUGGCUGUCAUUAUGAAGAUUUUAGGACUAUCGGAGACUGUGUUCGAAGUAACAAAAAAGGAGUCAUCUUCUACCAAUGGCGCCCAGGGUACUGAUGGAGAUUUGGGUCGGCUCACAUUUGAUGAGUCCCCAUUCUUUGUGCCAGGCACAACCAUUUUGAUGAUUCAACUGGCGGCACUUUCAAUUGGUUUGUUAGGAAGGCAGUCAAUUGUGCAAGAGUUUGGGGUGGGGGAGGUGAUAUGCAGUGUGUGGUUGAUUUUGAGCUUCUGGCCAUUUUUGAAGGGGUUGUUUUCCAAGGGAAGGUAUGGGCUUCCAUGGCCCACCUUAUGCAAAUCCAGUGCUUUGGCAUUCUUGUUUGUUGUGUACUGUGUCAAAUGACUAAUAAAGUGAUAUCAAUAGGUUUUGGUCAGUUACUAAAAUGAUGUAUUCAAGCUAGGAUGGUUUUAUGUUUUUUAUCAUCUUUAUGAAGGGUUGAUUCAUAAUAAUAAAACUCCCCAUAUCCACUAUUUGCUAAGUCAGCUGUGAUGACCCAGUGCUUUAGCCAGUAAAAUAUAGUGUCGUCUGGCAGACAAUACCGAGA